GUGUUGUUCCUGGAGCUGAAGUUGCCACAGAAUGGAGAUGUGAAGGUUCAAGGGAAUAAGAAAACUCUGGGUUACACCAGAAGAGCAACUGCUAAAGGAAACAGGGUUAGGUUAAGCAAGCAGUUCAGUACAACCAAGGAUGUUUUGGAGAAAUUAAAGGCACUUCACCCAUUGCCAGGACUGAUACUGGAAUGGAGGAGGAUCAACAAUGCUAUUACUAAAGUGGUGUUUCCACUACAGAGGGAAAAGCGAUUGAAUUCUGCACUGGGAAUGGAAAGGAUAUAUCCAGUUUCACAGACUCACACAGCUACAGGUCGAAUAUCCUUCACAGAGCCAAAUAUCCAGAAUGUGCCCAGAGAUUUUGAGAUUGAAAUGCCAACUGUGGUGGAAGAAAGUCCACCCUCCCAAGCAUGUGGAAAUGCUGGUUCUCGUGCUGGUUUUGGGGGCAGAAGCCGUUCCAGUAUUUUGCACAAUGGGCUAAAGGUUCAGGCCGCAGAGAGAUCUGAAGAAAGAGGAAUACCAUUUGCUGUUAGCAUGAGGCAUGCUUUUGUUCCCUUUCCAGGUGGCUUAAUCUUGGCUGCUGAUUACUCUCAGCUUGAACUGAGGGUCCUUGCUCAUUUGUCUGGUGACUGUCGACUCAUUCAAGCCUUGAACAGUGGUACUGAUGUCUUUAAGAGCAUUGCAGCAGAAUGGAAAAUGAUUGAUCCUGAAGCUGUUGGAGAUAGGACAAGGCAACAAGCUAAGCAGAUUUGCUAUGGAAUCAUCUAUGGAAUAGGAGCAAAAUCUUUAGGCGAGCAGAUGGGGAUUGAUGAAAAUGAAGCUGCCAAUUACAUUGAAUCCUUCAAAUCAAGAUACACAGGUUUGAAUAUAAAAUUCUUGAAGGAGACAGUGCGGAGCUGCAGAAGAGAUGGGUUUGUGCAGACCAUCCUGGGCAGGCGGAGAUACCUGCCAGCUAUCAAAGAUCCAAAUCCCUACAGUAAAGCUCAUGCAGAACGACAGGCUGUGAAUACAACUGUUCAAGGGUCUGCUGCAGAUAUUGUUAAAACAGCCACUGUGAACAUUCAGAGACGCCUGGAAGCUUUCUCCUCUGUGAUCAAGUCCCAUGGACACCUGGAGAGCUCCUUCCAGAGGGAUAAUACUGGAAAGCUGUGGAGGAAGAGAAAUGCAGGGAUGUUACAUCCCAUCAGUGGAGGUUUCUUUAUCCUCCAACUCCACGAUGAGCUCCUCUAUGAAGUUGCAGAGGACGAUGUCAUCCAGGUCGCUCAGAUUGUGAAGCACGAGAUGGAAAACGCCAUCCAGCUCUCGGUAAAACUGAACGUUAAAGUGAAAAUUGGACCUAGCUGGGGAGACCUGCAGGACCUGGAGCUGUGA